AUGACCACUUCUACGUUCCAGUCUGCAGAGCAGCUUCUCUCGCAUCAUCUCUCAGGGAAUUUGGAACCUUCAGAGCUUCAGCUCCUAAAGAAACAGUUUGUACUAGACUCGUUUAAGGUGAACCGAUUCCAUAAGAAUUUCAAGAGCUGGGAAAACACAAGCACAGACGAGUUCGUUCAGAACGAAAUCACCUCAUACAACUCCAAAUUGGGGGAGUUAUCACGGAUAAAUUACGAAACAGAGCAUUUGCAUCGAGAAUACAAGAAAUUCUGUCAGCAGAUUGAUCUACCAAGCUUCCAGUUCGCAAGAGAAACGUUGGAGCAGUACGAGGAUGGGAGACUUUUACCAGAUAGCGCUAGUGGGGGCAGCGCCAUUGCGCUUUCAGAGAUAUUCUCGUUGAAUGUGGAUGGCAUAUUGCCCAAGCCAGAUAUUGUAACGUUUAGGGCAUUGCUUAAUAUCGAGUUUCGACUUCGAAUUCAAAGGAAGAUCAAGUACGAGAUCUUGCUCAUCAUAAAGCAGCAGUUAACUGCCAAAAAUAAGAAGUGGGCCACAAGAGACUCCACAUUGAAUGAGUUUAUGAGAAAGCUUGAGAAUGUCACCGAGGAGGUGGACAGAAUUAGGAAGAGCGAGAAGGAAGACUUGAAAGAGUACGACGAGGAGGAGGAGGAGGAGGAAGACGAAGACGAAGACAUGGAGCAAGAGGAGCAAGACCGUGACGACGAAGAAGCAGGGGACGACAACAUCGAGGGCGAGGAAAGAGCAGGAGAAGAAGAAGAAGAAGAAGAAGAAGAAGAAGAAGAAGAAGAUGCCCUGGUUGAGCCGGAGCACCUGGAAUUUAGUGUGGGUCCAGAGGACGUACGAGAUCCAGAAGAUGGAGAAGCCCAAGAACACAUAGAGGAAGGUAACCCCCCGUCUAGCGGCACGGACGAUCUUCAAGGAGCAGACGAAGACGAUGAUAUCAUGAACAUUGACGGCUAG